GUAAGGGUAUAAUAAAGAUAAAAAACCCACAUCCACUACUAAUGUGGUAUGGUAUUAAGCCACAACAUCUGUAACAAUAAAUAGCAACAAUAACGCAGAAGGAAGCACUUUUCUCUUUAGUUUCAUUUUUUUUUCGUUUCUACGUCUUCAUCAUGCAUUGUAUUAUGUGUGCGAAAGAUGGGGCUCGGUAUCGAUGUCGUUUGUGCAGCUCAGCCUACUGCAGCACAAGCUGCUUCAAAGCGCAUCGUUCUGAGGCAAGAACAGAGGAAGAUGGUAAUAAGCGGUAUUGUAGUAUUAUAAUGGAAAUGCAAAAACAUUCUUUAACCCGUGCUAGUAAUUCGCACGAUAUUUUCUCGGAUGAAGCCUUACGGAAAGGUGAACAUGUAGACCGCGAAGAUGCCGAUAUUGGACGUGGUGAAAUGGAAGAAGGCAUGACAGCGAUCUCGCAAAAAGAUCCUACUUUAACUCCUCCUCCUCUGUGUGGGGAAAGUUCUAAACAACUUUCAGAGAGAAAGGAAGAUAAUGAAGAGGAGUCAGGAGAGUUAUAUAUACUAAAGGAGCGCCAUCUCUCUGCGUUGGCUAACAAUACUAAUAUUCGACGGGCGCUACGAAGUAAAGAGCUUCAACAGAUGCUUUUAACAAUUGACAAAAGUCGUUCUCGUUUAGAUGCACUGGAUGCUGCUUUGUACAACAACACAGAUUUUAAGCAUUUUUGUGAUGAGGUAAACGACAUCCUAACUCAAGCGGAGAAAGGAAAGUCUUGGCACAAACGUAGACGACAGUGGUAAAGGUGAGGUGGAAAACAGAGUGCUUUAAUCAUUUAAAAACGCAAGGAGCUGUGAGCUUCUUUUCCUCACAAAGUUUUUUUGUACAUUCAGAGUAGAAAGUAAGCA